UUUAAAUGUUAGUGUAUGAAAAUACAAUUGAUUAGCUUGGUUGUAAAGCAAUACUUCUUCAUCUCGUCAUCUUCUGGAUUCUUUGACACUAGGUGGCACUUUUUUGUGAAGAGCUAAGCAGCUCUCACAAGGAUUUGUUUAAAACCAUAAAAUGUCUGUUUCUUUAGCCAAAAUGGAGCCGUUUGAAAGAGAAGAGCGUCUCAAUGUGACGUCUUUGACUCCAGAACAACUGAAACAACAAGGAUUCGUCGUCGUUGAAGAAUCAACCACUGAGUUUAAACCAACAACCUUUCAACAGAUUGACUCAUCAGGAAAAGGGGAAAUCCAUCAGUAUCGGACAACAACUACAACAGUAACACAGCGAAAAACCACGACAACCAAUCAACAGGGUGAACAAAGUAUUGUGACAUCAGAAUACCAUUCUUCUGAUCCGGUCACACUUGAACAAUUUUCGACACCAAGUAAUUCUGGAAGUUCAUUUGCGUCUUUCCACGGAUCUCUAUCGCCUCCUGCUGAACAGACGGCAGACCGUCGUGUCUACAUCACUACCACCACACAGAAAUCUAGUACAAACAGUGGCCGAGUAUUUGAGACUGAUAUUGACGGAUCUACUGAUGUGAAGAAAAGUUAUGUUAUUUCAAAAACUGGGGCAAUAGAACAGAGUCAAUAUCAACAACAACAACAACAACAGCAAGGACAACAGAUUUAUAACCAACAAUUUGUCAUCACACCUGGUGCUCAGUUAACUCAAGCAGAAGUUGACAAACUCAUGAUGGAGGACAGUCAAUACAGCAUGGAACAAUUUGUUGAUACAAGAUGGGACAAAGUACAAUAUGAAGAAGAAGAAGAUUUAGACAACAGUUCAGGAAGAUUGUUUGAAAGAUCAAGAAUCAAGGCUCUCGCAGACGAACGUGAAGCCGUACAGAAGAAGACUUUCACAAAAUGGGUGAAUUCACAUUUGCAGAGAGUUUCACUCAGAAUACAAGAUCUUUACAUGGAUCUCAGAGAUGGAAAGAAUUUGAUGAAAUUAUUAGAAGUUUUGUCAGGAGAAAAACUGCCCAAACCAACUAGAGGGAAAAUGCGAAUCCAUUGUUUGGAGAACACAGCGAAAGCUUUACAAUUUCUCAAAGACAAGCGAGUGCAUCUUGAGAACAUGGGACCUCAUGAUAUCGUCGAUGGAAACCAUAGACUUAUUUUGGGACUAAUUUGGACAAUUAUUCUCAGAUUCCAGAUUCAAGACAUCAGUGUCGAGACCGAAGACAACAGGGAGACAAGAUCAGCUAAAGAUGCCUUGUUGCUUUGGUGCCAGAUGAAGACUGCUGGAUACCCGAACGUUAACGUGCAUAAUUUUACCACUAGCUGGAGAGAUGGGCUCGCAUUCAACGCUAUCAUUCAUAAACACAGACCUGACCUUAUUGAAUAUGAAAAACUGAAGAAAACAAAUGCAAUGGGAAACCUACACAAUGCGUUCAAUGUUGCCGAACAAAAACUUGGACUCACUAAACUGCUAGAUCCUGAAGAUGUUGCUGUUGAUCAUCCAGAUGAGAAAUCUAUCAUUACCUAUGUUGUUACAUAUUAUCAUUAUUUCUCAAAGAUGAAGGCUAUCGCUGUGGAGGGAAAAAGAAUUGGAAAGGUUCUUGAAAGUGUUAUAGAAAGCAAUGAAAUGGUUGACAAGUAUGAUUCCAUAACCUCUGACCUCUUGGAAUGGAUUGAACAAACCAUCAUGAUUCUGAGUGACAGAAACUUUGCAAAUUCAUUGGCAGGCGUUCAACAGCAACUCAAAGCUUUCAAUAGCUAUCGAACUAAAGAAAAGCCCGGUAAAUUCGAAGAAAAAGGAAAUUUGGAAGUUUUAUUGUUCACGCUUCAGAGCAAAAUGAGAGCAAACAACCAGAAGCCUUACACACCUAAGGAAGGAAAACUAGUUUCUGAUAUUAAUAAGGCCUGGGAAAAUCUUGAGAAGGCAGAACAUAACCGAGAACUUGCCUUGAGAAACGAACUUAUUCGUCAAGAACGUUUGGAGCAACUCGCAAGCAGAUUUGAUAGAAAAGCAGCAAUGAGAGAGACCUGGCUCAGUGACAAUCAGAAACUUGUGUCACAGGAAGAGACUGAAAUGAAGAGAGAUAUGGACAAUUUUGGGUUCGAUUUACCGGCGGUGGAAGCAGCUACUAAGAAGCACGAAGCGAUCGAAACAGACGUCAAAGCUUACGAAGAAAGAGUACAAGCUGUUAUUGAUGUCGCAAAUGAAUUGGAAUCGGAGAAAUAUCAUGAUAUCAAAAGAAUCAAUGCAAGAAAAGAGAACAUUCUUCAACUUUGGGAAUAUUUGCUUGAGCUCUUGCAAGGACGCCGAGCUCGUCUCGAGUUGAAUGUCGAACUUCAACAAAUGUUUCAAGAAAUGUUGUCUCUUGUGGAUUGGAUGGAAGAAAUGAAGAACCAGCUGGAAUCAGAAGAUUACGGCCAACAUCUGUUGGGAGUUGAAGACUUGUACCAGAAACAUACAUUACUCGAGCAAGACAUUGCUGUGCACGGGGAAAGAGUUAAAACAUUGGAGGCGCAGAGCAUGAAGUUUAUAGAACCAAGAGAGGAUGGUUACCAAGCUUGUGAACCAACUGUUGUCGAAGACCGUCGAAACCAUGUUACAGCAACAUAUGACGAACUUCUAAAACUCGCAGCGAGACGACACGCCAAACUUGAUGAAUCUCGAAGACUGCAUCAAUUCUUCGCGGAAAUGUCAGAAGAGACUGCUUGGUGCCGAGAGAAAGAAAGCGUCCUGACUUCUGAUGAUAUCGGACGUGACUUGACAAGUGUUCAAUCGCUUCUCAAUAAACAUAAGGCUUUAGAAGAUGAGAUGGCAGGCCGUAAAAUGAUCAAGGACCAAUCUAUCAAAGCAGGAGAACUUUUGCUCGAACAAGAACAUUUUGCCUCGGACGAAAUCCGGUCUCGCAUCAGCGAAGUUGAGCAACAAUGGGAAAACUUGGAUGAUCUUGCAAAGGAACGUCGCAAGAAGUUGGAACAAGCAAAUGAUUUAUACCAGUUCCUAGCAGAUGCUGAUGAUGUCGACAUCUGGCUGGUCGACACGUUGCGUCUAGUUUCAACAGAUGAUUGCGGACGUGACGAAGCCUCAGUUCAGACAUUGUUGAAAAAACAUAACCAAGUGCAGACUGAGUUAAAGGAUUUUGCGUCACAGAUACAGGCAAUGCAUGAACAGGCUGAAAAGCUUCCUGAACACGAUCGAGAAUCGAUCGAAGUCCAAGAACGUUUGAGAAGUAUCGACAAUAGAUACAAAGAACUACAGGAUCUUUCUAAACAAAGAAAAGAAAAACUCAUUGAUGCCAGAUCCCUUUACAAGUUCUUCAGUGAGGCAGAUACUUGUCUUGUAUGGAUUGAUGAGAAAGAACAAGUCCUGAGAUCUCUUAGUAUUCCUGAUAAUAUAGAAGAUAUGGAAUUGAUUCAACAUAGAUUUGAUGGGUACGAGAAUGAAAUCAACAAACAUGCUCCACAGAUAGCCAUUGUGAAUCAGGUUGCCAGAGGAUUGCUACAUUCCCAACAUCCUAACUCUGAUCAGAUUGCGGUAAAACAAAACGAUUUAAAUGCAAGAUGGAAUGAGCUUCGAGCUCUCCUUGAUCUACGCCGAGAAGCUUUAUCUUCUGCGCAAGGAAUUCAAAGUUUCCAACUUGAGUGUGAUGAAACAAAGACCUGGAUAAAAGAGAAGUCACGAUUGGUCGGUUCAACUGAGGAUUUAACCAAUGAUCUUGCAGGAGUAAUGGCUCUACAAAGAAAGCUGUCGAGCAUGGAAAGAGAUUUGGCUGCCAUUCAGGCAAAACUGGACAACCUACAGGAUGAAGCGGAUAAACUUGCGGCAGAACAUCCUGAAGAGGCUGAUGAUAUAAGAAAGAAAUUCGACGAAAUCACAAACGUAUGGAAAGAAUUGAAGGAAUUACUGAAAAAGAGGGAAGACUCCCUCGGAGAAGCAGGAAAUCUCCAGAAAUUCUUGCAGAAUUUGGAUGAUUUCCAGGCCUGGCUUACAAAGACCCAAACUGCCAUUGCAUCAGAGGAUAUGCCACAAACUUUGCCGGAAGCUGAGAAGUUACUGCAACAACAUACAGCUAUUAAAGCAGAGAUAGACAAUUAUGAGGAUGAUUAUCAGCGCAUCAAAGAAACAGGAGCCAAAGUUACUGAAGGAAAAGAACAAGAUCCUCAGUAUAUGUUCUUGGCACAAAGAUUGCAGGCAUUGGACCAAGGUUGGGAUGAACUACAGCAAAUGUGGGAAAACAGAAACAAAUUCCUCACUCAAGCUCAUCAAUAUCAGACCUUUGUGAGAGACGCGAAACAGGCUGAACAACUUCUCAGUAAUCAAGAAUAUGCUCUUGCAAGCACUCGAGCUCAGGCAUCAGCAGUGUCCCCUGUAGAAGAAGAAGAUGGUCAGGAGACUGUCGACGCUGUCGCUGCCCGAGGCCCUGUUGCAUCACCAGAUGUCGCUGAAGAGGCAUUGAAAAAGCAUGAAGCGUUUGUCGCUUCUAUGGCAGCUAAUGAUGAGAGAAUUAACGCUGUGCUAAGAUCUGCAGAAACUCUCUCAGACCCAGAUCUAGAACAUUAUGCUGCCGAUAAAAUAUCUGAGCGAGCGGAAAAAGUUGACGAGAGACAGAAGAAGAAUAAACAUGAGGCAGAAGAGGUUAUGGAAUUGUUACAGGAAAAUCUCUCGAUGCAAAAAUUCUUUGCUGAUUGUGAAGACCUGAAUAAAUGGAUAAAUGAAAAAAUGUUGACAGCGAAAGACGCUACGUAUGAUGACGCAAGAAAUUUGCACUCCAAGUGGCAAAAACAUCAGGCUUUCGCUGCAGAACUUGCGGCCAACAAAGACAGACUCACACAAUUAGAAAAAGAAGGUGACAAGCUCGCUGAAGCAAAACCAGAACGAACAGAUGAAAUUGAAACCCGAUUGGAUGAAUUACGUAAAAAGUGGGCGGAGCUUGAAUCUAGCACCGCCUCCAAAGAGAAGACUUUGUUUGAAGCUCACAAAUCUGAAUUGUUUGCUCAGACUUGUGAGGAUCUUGAGAAAUUUGUCACACAAAUGGAAGGCCAGCUUGCUUCAGAGGAAUACGGAAAAGAUCUGGCGAGUGUUAACGCUUUGUUGAAAAAUCAUUCCACAAAUGAAGAUGAAGUCGAAGUAAGAAUACAAGAAGUACAGGAACUGGAAAGCCAAGCGAACACUCUCCGAGAUGAAGGCAGUGAUGUUGAUGAAAUGGAUCAAAAACGAAACGAAGUUAAGAAUCGUCUUGAAGAAUUGAUUGAACCUUUGAACAAGAGAAAACAAAUGCUGGGCAAUAGCAAACAACUUCAUCAGUUCUAUAGAGAUGUAGAAGAUGAAAAGAUGUGGAUCGAUGAGAAACUACCACUGGCAACCUCUGUAGAACAUGGUGCCAGUUUGCAGGAAGUCCAAUCUCUACAGAAGAAAAAUCAGUCUCUGAAGUCAGAAAUUGAUGGACAUGAACCUCGCAUUGAAGCGGUAUGUGCACGAGGCCAGCAGAUGGCAACAGAGGACAACCCACAUUCUGAUAAGAUAAAUGAUAAGAUACACGACCUCAAGGAUAAAUGGGAAGUCCUGUCAGAAGAAGUCGAAGCUCGCAAAAACAGACUUGAAGAGGCCGAAAAGGCUCAGCGUUAUUACUUCGAUGCGGCGGAAGCCGAGCAAUGGAUGGGAGAACAAGAAUUGUACAUGAUGUCCGAGGAAAAGGCAAAGGAUCGUCAAAGUGCAACCAACAUGCUAAAGAAACAUUUGGUUCAAGAACAGAGCAUUGAGGAUUAUGCUGAAACAAUACAAGUACUUUCAAAAACAAGCAGAAAACUCGCUGAAGCGGAACAUCCAGAAAGUGAACAAAUCACAGCCAGACAAGUCCAAGUCGAUAAGAUGUACGCUGGACUAAAAGAUCUUUCUUCUGAGCGUCGACAUCGUCUCGAAGAACGCUGCGCACUGUUUAAAUUUAACCAUGAAAUUGAUGACCUUGAGCAGUGGAUCGCUGAACGAGAGGUCGUGGCUGCGUCACAAGAACUUGGACAGGAUUACCAACAUGUCACUACGCUACAAGAACAGUUCCAAGUUUUCCGUCGCGAUACCAUCAAGACUGGUGAUGAGAGAGUUAAUGAAGCGAACCAAGUCGCAGACAAACUUAUCGACUCCGGUCAUGUUGAUGCCGUAACAAUUGCAGGAUGGAAAGAUAGAAUUAAUGAGGCUUGGGCCGAUCUAUUGGAAUUGAUAGAAACAAGAGUACAGAUGUUAGCGGCCUCCUACGCCUUGCAUAAAUUUUACCACGAUUCUGAAGAAACACUUGCCAGAAUUGAAGAGAAGAAAAAACAAAUUCCAGAAGAAUUAGGAGGUGAUUACCUGACGGUUGAAGAUUAUCAAAGAAAACAUGAAAUAUUCACACAGGAUAUUCAAGCAAUUGGAACACAGGUGAAAACCAUCACUGCCACCGGGAACGGACUUACUUCAGCUUACGCAGGAGAUCAACGUCACCAAAUCGAGACUCGUGUUUCUGAUGUGCAAAAAGCAUGGCGCGAUCUCCUCAGCGCUGUCGAUAUUCGCCGUGGCGCUUUGGUAGAUACUCACGACAAACACAGAUUCUUUAACAUGGUUCGUGAUGUCAUGGCGUGGAUGUCAAUUGUUAUCAGGCAGAUUGACUCUCAGGAAAAACCAAAGGAUGUAUCUGGAGUUGAGUUAGCUAUGACUGCACAUCAAGGAAUAAAAUCAGAAAUUGACGCUCGGACUGGGACUUACGAGGAAUGUCUAGAUCUCGGAGAAGAGUUAUUGAAACGUAACCAUUACGCUUCGGAAGAAAUCAAAGCAAAAUUAACGGAAGUUAAAGCAAUGAGAAAUGAUCUGGUUGAUAAAUGGCAGGAAAGAUGGGAAUGGCUUGAAUUAAUUCUUGAAGUCUACCAAUUUGCUCAUGAUGCGUCAGUGUGUGAAGCGUGGUUGUCACAGCAACAAGGAAUGGCCCGUGGCGACCCCAAAACUGAAGCUGAGCGCAGCAUCGCUGAUGUGGAACAGUUGCUACGGAAACUUGAUGGGUUCGAGAAAGCUGCAGUUCCUUGGGAGAGCAGAUUUGGCGCUCUGAAUAAAAUGACUGCUCUUGAAGUAAGAGAAAUUGAAAAAGAAAAAGAGAGAAAGGUUGAAGAAGAGCGAAAAAGGAGAGAAGAGGAAGAAGAGAGAGAAAGAAAGAGAAUAGAAGAAGAGGAGGAGGCGGAGCGAUUGAGAAAAGAGGCGGAGCUUGCUGCCCAACAAGCACAACCAUUGGUCAAUGGACACCAUGAAGAAGAAGAUGUUCCAGUGGUAGAAGUAAUGGUGCAACAACAGGCACCGGUGAUCAAUGGUGAUGACACAGGGGGGGCUGGAGAUGCAGCGGUGGUACAUGACGAGUCUGCUGAUACACUAGAUGUCUCUGUGAGCAUAGAAAAACACGAAGGUCAUCUUCAACGGAAACAAGAAGUUGACGCAGAAGGAAAGAAAGCUAGUAACAGGAGCAGUCGGAGGUCUAGCUCUUCCUCAAGCUCAAGCUCGUCUUCAAGUUCAUCCGACGAAAAGAACAAAAAAGGAAAAAAGAAACCACAAGAAAAGCAGAAAAAAGUACCGGUACCGGCAGUUCGGAAGCAACCACAGCCGACAGAAAAGAGAGUCGAAGAGCAACCAAAACAACAAAUCCAACCACAAAAAGAAGAAAGAAAACCGCGCUCAAAAUCUGCGAUCGAGCCUAAAAAGAAAGAUCGAAUAAUUGAUCCAAGGCCAGAGCGUCACUCAGAUGAUGAAGGCGUCUCUCUCGAUAAAGAAACACCAGUUAAAAUGCGACAAAAACCUUCGACAGAAUCUGAACCAUUCUCUGGAGUUCUACAACGAAAAUCUGUCAUGUUCACUCCGUCGAAAAAGGCCUCUAACAGGUCCUGGAAUCAUGUAUACUGCUCUAUAUCGGAUAAACAUCUCAGAUUUUACAAAGAUUCGAAAAGUGCGAAGGCAGAUACUUUAUUCCACGGAGAGUCACCGAUUGAUUUGAAGGAUGCUAAAUGUGAUGUUGCAUCUGACUACAAGAAGAAGAAACAUGUCUUCAGAUUGAAAUUACCAACAGGAUUGGAAUAUCUUUUCCAAGCUAAGGAUGAUAACGAAAUGCAAAAUUGGAUUUCUCGUCUUCAAAAUCUCGAUUCAUCAAUAAACAGCGGGGUUAGUACGCCAACUCGUACGUCAAUAAACGCCGAACCAAGCCCGAAAGGAAAGAAAAGACGAAGCCUCUUGAAAGGCGGAAAAAAGAAGUAAAACAAAAAUUAUAAGACCAUAAACUCAUAUUACAAUAUUCAUGGGUCUCUGAGACACCGUGUGGACACUAUAAAAAUGAUUUUCAAGAAUUGAAACAUAUAACAAUACAAAAAGGAAUACUCACUCCGAAAGGUCAUUAAAAUGCUUUUCUGCCAAAAAUAAUUAAGCACAACCAAAAUAAUAUCUAAAUAUGAUAAUAGGUAGCAUAUUGGAGCAAAAAAUAAGUCCAGUAUAUAUACAAAUUAGCAUUAACUGGGUAAUCGGUGCUUAUAUUGGAUAUAUUACAUUUAUAAAUUAUUUGUAACAGAUGUUUAUUUAAAAUAAAUAUACAAUUUCGUGGCCAUGUUGGCAACAGUCUUGACUAUAUUAUUUGUAUAUCAAAGAAUACUAAAUGUUCCUUCCUUGAAUCACAUUUUUGGCAAAAAGGGCAGUUGAAGACUUUACAUGCAUUUAAAAAUGGAUUUCCUUUGCCCAAUAGGCAGAAUUUUUAAGUGCGCAAACUAUGUAUAUUGAUGCUGCAAAAAUGCUCAAAAUAAUAAUAUUUUUUCCAUGUUCCUGAACUGUUUUUGUUGUUCUAUUAUUGCAAAGUUACUGUUCCACAAUAAAAUUUCAUUCUGUUUGGUGCUGAAACAGCAAAGUUUUCGUUCUUGUUAUUUUUUUGUUUGUCAACAUUGUAGAAGAACUGGGUGCUUUUUGAUACCUUUUUGAAUUUGUGUGUAUAUCGGAUAAACUUUUAAUUAAAAACGCUAUUUCUGUAACUAUUCUUGGUGCAAAAUUACAGAUAUAUUAAAAAGGUUAAGAAAUGUUUGCCAUUUGAAGAAUCUUGAUUGAAAACUGUAUGCUUGUAGACUCUGUAUUAUAGUUUAUUUGUGAAAAUGAAUCUCAUUUUAAGCUCUGCAUAAUUUUUGUUUUUGAAUAAUGUUUCGUAUUUCAUUGAAGUGUUCUUCAAAUAGUGUCAUUUUAUUGUUUUGUAUGACAUCACUAUCACACUGCAUUAUUACAUAACGUUCACGUUACUAUGACAUCACAUAUACUGGUACGCAAAUAGUCAUAUAGUAGCUGGUGGUCUAAUCCUUGUUCAUGAUCGAUUUUUCGCUUUCAUGGUUGAGUGCUUCUGGAUAUGGAUGAGUGAUUAAAAUUUGGACAUACUUUUGUGGUACUGGUUGCCACAAUCGUUUUUCUGGCUUGCACUCCAUAUAAAACCAAGACUUUUAUAUAUGGUCAAACCUUGUAUAAAAAAACUGACUGUAAUACUAAGCUUUGAUUACAUAUUCUGGGUCACGAAAAGUGUUUAAUAUUGCCUGAGAAAGCACACAAAAUGGAAUUUAUAGUAAAAUAACACAUGUUGGAAAUUUUUUUGUUACAAACACAACAACCCAUCUAAAAUGCUCCCUCUUACAUAAUAAUCAUAAAAUUAUUGUGAUAAUAGCUGUUGCUGUAUACAUGUGUUGCAUUAAUAACAAAUUCGUGAUUCAAAAAUAUUCUCUAGGCCUAGCUUUUAUUAUUUGCUUGUAUAUAGUAGUUAUGCCAAUUUGUAGUUAAAAAUUGCUAAAUUUGUGUAAAAGCCUUGAUUUAUGUAUCAAAAUGGGACUGAUAAAGCCUCUAACAAGAGUAUAUUCAAUAACAUUUGUGGCAACACUGUAUUUUUGGUUCAGAAUAAGCUUGUGCACCUCAAAUUAGAGGGUGUAUCAAAAAAGAUGCAAAAAUAAUAUUGCCUCUGGUUUAAUUUUAAUUCCUAGUAUUCUUAAGGUUUCUAUUUUAACAGCAAGUAUAUGAUAUAUAUUCCAGGCUUCUUUCUAUGAAAUUUUACGUAAAUAGAAGAUAUCACUGAUAAAAGGAAGCAGUGUUCGGUAUGUAGGCCUAUGUCUUAAACUUCAGGAUUUUAGACAUUUUUUGGCAUUCCUCUCCAGAGGUUGGCUAUUUUGGUCCCAUUUUGGUGUGAAACUCUGCCAGAAUCGAAAACAUUAUUAUUAAUAAUCUGUUACUGUAAAUUUUUAUUGGAGAUUCUGACUAAAAUUUUGUGUCGUGGAGUUGAAAAUCAUAAACUAUAAUCUUUGUGCUUUGUAUGGAAACGAUGCUUAAAAUAAAUUCGUUGAUAAAAUUG